ACGCGCACACACACGCGCACCCAAACACACACUCAGAACACCUUCACAUGCAGAUGAAGGCGACAGCAGGCGAUUAAUUGAAGCAGCGCAGUGUGUGUAUGUGUGUCUCCUUCAGGGCCGGAGGAUUUCUUCUUCAGGCUGGGACAGGUGAUCUCUCACACGGAGACAUUUCCAGCCGCCCGUCUGCGGAAAUUCUCUCACACGACUGCCGGGUAGAUGUUCAACUCCAUGCAUUCUCGCCGCGCCGUCUGAAGACAAAUCGACUCCGCCGAGAUGGAAAAUGCGCACACGAAAUCAGCGAGUGAAGUUUUAGACUUCUUCGGCGUGAAUGAGAACACCGGGCUGACUCAAGAACAAGUCAAAGUGCAUUUGGAGAAAUAUGGACCGAACGAGCUCCCAGCUGAAGAAGGAAAGUCCCUGUGGGAGCUGGUGGUGGAGCAGUUUGAAAACCUUCUCGUCAGGAUCCUGCUCCUCGCCGCCUGUGUGUCCUUUGUGUUGGCUCUGUUUGAGGAGGGGGAGGAGACAGCCACCGCCUUUGUGGAGCCUGUGGUCAUCCUCCUUAUCCUCAUCGCUAACGCCGUCAUUGGUGUCUGGCAGGAGCGCAACGCGGAGAACGCCAUAGAGGCCCUGAAAGAGUACGAACCCGAAAUGGGCAAGGUGUACCGCAUGAACCGUAAGGCUGUGCAGAGAAUCAAAGCCAGGGAUAUCGUUCCGGGAGAUGUCGUGGAGGUGGCAGUUGGUGACAAGGUUCCUGCAGACAUCAGGGUGACCUCCAUCAAGUCCACCACCUUGCGUGUGGACCAGUCCAUCCUCACAGGGGAGUCCGUGUCCAUCAUCAAACACACCGACCCGGUUCCUGACCCCAGAGCUGUCAACCAAGACAAGAAGAACAUGCUGUUCUCUGGCACCAACAUUGCCGCUGGUCGCGCUACAGGUGUCGUCGUGGCGACCGGUGUCGCCACCGAAAUUGGCAAAAUCCGCAAUCAGAUGGCGGCAACGGAGCAAGAAAAGACGCCACUGCAGCAGAAGCUGGAUGAGUUCGGCCAGCAGCUCUCCAAGGUCAUCUCGCUCGUAUGUGUGGCUGUGUGGAUGAUCAAUAUCGGUCACUUCGGGGACCCCGUGCAUGGGGGCUCCUGGGUGCGUGGGGCUAUCUAUUACUUUAAGAUAGCAGUGGCGUUGGCUGUGGCCGCCAUCCCUGAGGGCCUACCUGCUGUCAUCACCACCUGCCUUGCCCUCGGGACCCGUCGUAUGGCCAAGAAGAACGCCAUUGUGCGCAGUCUGCCCUCGGUGGAGACCCUCGGCUGCACCUCUGUUAUUUGCUCGGACAAGACGGGGACCCUCACCACCAACCAGAUGUCCGUUUGUCGAAUGUUCAUUGCCGACAAGGUGCAGGAUUCAAGUUGCACCCUGCAUGAGUUCUCCAUAACAGGAUCCACGUACACUCCUGAAGGCCAAAUCCUGAAAGGAGACAGGUCAGUCCAGUGUGGAGACUAUGAUGGACUCUUGGAGUUGGCCACUGUGUGUUCCAUGUGCAACGACUCCUCGCUGGAUUACAAUGAGGGCAAGGGGGUGUAUGAGAAAGUGGGUGAAGCCACAGAGACUGCUCUGACAACCUUGGUGGAGAAGAUGAACGUCUUCAAAACGGACCUAUCCGGACUCAGCAAGGUGGAGCGUGCUGGGGCCUGCAAUUCGGUGAUCAAGCAGCUGAUGAAAAAAGAGUUCACCUUGGAGUUCUCUCGCGACCGCAAGUCCAUGUCCGUCUACUGCACGCCAGUCAAGCCGGGCUCACAGAGCAAGAUGUUCAUUAAGGCAUGUUUGAAGACCACGUUACACAUUCCCCCGUCGCUCCAACUGCCUAUUAGAACUUCCCUUCUUUUUUUAAAAUUUAUCCGCCAAGUCAGUGACAGUUUUGUCCAACAGGGCGCUCCAGAGAGCGUGAUCGAGCGCUGUCAGUACCUGCGAGUGGGAACUGGGAAGGUGGCGCUGACGCCAGCCUUGCGUGACCAGCUCAUGUCGAAGGUCCGUGACUGGGGCACGGGGAGGGACACCCUGCGCUGCCUGGCCCUGGCCACACGUGACAACCCACCACGCAAAGAGCAAAUGGACUUGGAGAAUUCCAGCAAGUUUGUAGAGUAUGAGUUGGGCCUCACAUUUAUCGGCUGUGUGGGCAUGCUGGAUCCGCCCAGGAAGGAGGUCAUAGGCUCGGUGAAACUGUGCAACGAGGCGGGCAUUCGUGUCAUCAUGAUCACAGGGGACAACAAGGGCACAGCGGUGGCCAUCUGCAGACGGAUCGGCAUCUUCGGCGAGGAGGAGGACGUAAAGGCGAAGGCCUACACCGGCCGUGAGUUCGAUGACCUCUCCCCGGAAGCCCAGAAAGAAGCCGUGAAACACGCCCGAUGCUUCGCGCGUGUGGAACCUGCUCACAAGUCAAAGAUUGUGGGAUACCUGCAGUCCUUCGACGAGAUCACUGCCAUGACUGGAGAUGGUGUGAAUGACGCCCCCGCCCUGAAGAAAGCAGAGAUCGGCAUCGCCAUGGGCUCUGGCACAGCGGUGGCCAAAUCGGCAUCGGAGAUGGUGCUUUCUGAUGACAACUUCUCCACCAUAGUGUCUGCUGUAGAGGAGGGCCGAGCCAUCUACAACAACAUGAAGCAGUUCAUCAGAUACCUCAUCUCUUCUAACGUGGGAGAGGUCGUAUGCAUCUUCCUGACGGCAAUUCUGGGUCUCCCGGAGGCUCUGAUACCUGUCCAGUUGUUGUGGGUCAACCUGGUGACUGAUGGCUUGCCUGCCACCGCCCUGGGCUUUAACCCCCCAGACCUGGACAUCAUGGAUAAACCGCCACGUAAUCCUAAAGAACCUCUCAUCUCGGGAUGGCUUUUCUUCCGCUACCUGGCCAUUGGAGGAUACGUGGGUCUUGGGACAGUGAGUGCAGCCACAUGGUGGUACCUGUUUGAUGACCAGGGACCGCAGGUGUCUUUCUAUCAGCUGAGACACUUCAUGCAGUGCACGCAGGAGAACCCGGUGUUCCAGGGCAUAGAUUGUGAAGUGUUUGAGUCCCGCUAUCCCACCACCAUGGCCCUGUCUGUGCUGGUCACCAUCGAAAUGUUCAACGCCCUCAACAGUUUGUCUGAGAACCAGUCCCUGCUCAGAAUGCCUCCCUGGGUCAACAUUUGGCUAUUGGGAGCCAUUGUCCUUUCGCUGUCCCUCCACUUCUUCAUCCUGUAUGUUGAGCCUCUGCCACUGAUCUUCCAGGUCACCCCCCUUCGCUGGUCUCAGUGGAUUGUGGUCCUGAAAAUUUCUAUCCCGGUCAUCCUCCUUGACGAGGCACUGAAGUAUAUCUCCAGGAACCAUCUUGAUGGUGAUGAGAAGAAGUACCGGAGGAGAUGGCAGCAGGACUAAGCCGCCCCCCCUCAAACACACUCCCAUUGUUAGCCACAGGCCCCCGUCCCUCAUACAAAAACACCCCAUCUCCACGCUCCAGACUCCUCCCUGCUGUCGGACGCACCGCAGCUCCACAGUAGAGAGGCGUGAGUGAGAAGGCAUCCAGUGUGUGCUCCCGCUGGCUUUGCUGUGAGUGUGGGCGUGAAUGAGGCACAUUUCCAGUACGGUGCAUGAACUGAACUUGAAAGGGGGGGUGGGGGGGCCAGAGGAACGGAUAUUAAUAAUGCAGAGUGUGUGGGGCGCUUAAAAACAAAACAAAAAAAAAGAGAUUGCUUGGUGGGGAGUGAAAAAUGUCUGUUGUAGGGAGCUACCAAACCUGUGUGUGUGUGUGUGUGUGUGUGUGUGUGUGUGUGUGUGCGUGUGUGUGCGAGUCCACGCUAAUCUGGUGGUACCGCCCAAGCUUCUGCAAAUCCCUUUUCGAGGCGCGUGAUGUCACGAUCACCAAGCAUCCUCAUCACGCUUCCGUCUUUUCUCCGCCUUUGCCCGUCUGCGCUCGUGCUGAGGUGGUCCGCCUCAAAGCUUUACCGUGCGCGUCCUUCGGGCGACAGAUUUUUUAAAAUGAUUUGGCUCUUGUAAGUUAUUGCUCGUCUUGCACCAGCGUGGAGCGCGGUCCGCAUUCAUACAGUAUAUACGUAGUACUCUACUGUAUAUACAUAGUACUCUACUGUAUAUACGUAGUACUGUACUGUAUAUACGUAGUAUUCUACUGUAUACACGUAGUACUCUACUGUAUAUACGUAGUACUGUACUGUAUAUACGUAGUACUCUACUGUAUAUAAAUAGUACUCUACUGUAUAUAUGUAGUACUGUACUGUAUAUACGUAGUAUUCUACUGUAUACAUGUAGUACUCUACUGUAUAUACGUAGUACUCUACUGUAUAUACGUAGUACUCUACUGUAUAUACGUAGUACUCUACUGUAUACACGUAGUACUCUACUGUUUACAUGUAGUACUCUACUGUAUACACAUAGUACUUUACUGUAUAUACGUAGUAUUCUACUGUUUACACGUAGUACUGUACUGUAUAUACGUAGUACUGUACUGUGUGUUCAUUGCAGGCUUGAAGUCUCUCACGUUGUACAGCACCCUCCUGAACAAACUCUUCAAACCGUACAGUAACCCCUCACCACUUUGUGCUGCACCCCAUCACGGUUUUUCAAAAAUAUCAUCCUUGGUAAUUCAGGCUGUUUUGUGCUUCAGUACAGCCUAUCCUUAGUCCAAAAUAUGUAAUAUUGAAGCAGACUGUACCUAUGUUUUGCCUAAAUGAAGCGUUUCCAAGCUAAAUGAACUGCAAUAGAAAUCUAAGGCAUUCAAAAGACACAUUCAGAGACAUGAUGAUGUGUCGUAUUCUACACUGGUCACUAGGUGUCAGCGAUGAGACACACAAGCACCAGACUUGAUUGCCAGGCACAAUAAUCCCUAACACGAGCUAAUCUGAACCCCCGACCUCACUUCCUGUCCAACGCAACAUAUUUCCAGCAACACACACACACAACUAUGUCUUUAAUGGCGUAUUUCCUCUUAUUAUGUCUAUUAUAUUGGGUAGCAGGAGUGUAAAGGUGGCAAUAAGGGUGUCAUUUCGUGUCUGGAGGGCUCUAAUAAUGUUAAAAACUGUAUUUAGAAGGCCGUAAACAGCUUUUCUAUGCUCCACGUAUAAUAUUUGAUUUAUAAAUCACUUGCUACGAUCAGGUCUGUAACCUAUUGACCACGAUAAACGAAGGAUUACUGUCAUGAGAUUUUGCGCUGGCGGAUUGUAACCAGAAAAUGCAAAAAGACACAAAAGCAAGAGGUUGAAAAUCUGUUUUUAAACUCAGAAGUUUGACAUUUACCUUUAUGAAAAAGUCCAAAUCGGCACUAAAGUCUGUCGUUCAGGUCAUUUAGACUGUCAGCCAUUUACGCUCCUUCAUCUCCCGAUGGCAAAGGCAAGACGACUGUCCGUCCUUGAACGGGCCGGAUAUUUUAAUUGCCUUUUGUUUUCUUUUCCCCAAUUGAAGUGCAGAUUUUGGCCGAACUUUUUCCAGCAAGGGCCACUUUGAUAUUUAGUAAAGCAACACAGAGAUGCUACAAAGCUAUAUGGAUCUUUUUGUAUGACAUCAUUAAAUGCUACUAAAAAUGACCUUUUUUCCACAGUCAUACCAGUUUAUUCUUGUCAAAUUGCGACCUUUGUUCUUCGUUCAAUUAUGACUUCUUUCUUAAUAUUUUGACUUUAUUCCUGUUAAAAUUAGAGCUGUUUUUCCAUUUCUGCUGUGUUUUAAAAUUUUCCAAGUAAUUCAUUUGAGCCUUCCUCUUGCACAUUUCCUUCUCGUAAUUGUAACUCUUUUUAAACAAUCAUGUAUUUUUGCUUGAUUCCAACAUUGUUUUACUAAAAUGAUAUUUUUCCUCAUUUUACAAGUUUAUUCUCAUAAAAUUGCAACUUUUUUGUCAUUCAAAAAUUAUUUUUUCCUCUUAAUAUUUGGACUUUGCUCUGGUCAAAUUUCUGCUGUUUUUUUUUUUUUUAAUAAUUUUCCAAAUAUUUCAACUUUCCUCUUGUGUAUUUUCUUCUCUGAAUAUUUGGAUUUUAUUCCCAUGAUAUACGUUUUCCCCCAACCUAAGAUUCCAAAAAUGACAACUUUAUUCAUUGAUUUUGACUUUAAAAAUAAAAAUAAAACUUGUUUUCUUUAAUAUUUCAGCUUCAUGCUACUAACAUGACAUUUUUCCUCAACUAUGACUUUAUUCUUGUGAAAUUAUGGCUUUUUUUCUUGCUAGAUUACAACUCUUCUCUUUUUUUUACAUUUUUGCUGCUGCUGUUUUUUUUAAGUUUCCUUGUUAAUUUACAUUUUUCGACUGCUGCGGGCUGAUAAAAUCACAGCUGUGGGCCACACUUUGGACACCCCUGCUUUAAGGCCACGGUCUUAAAAGUUUUGAUGAGCGGUAGAACAGCCUGUUUGCGUUGGAAUGUGGUUUUCAGAGAAUGACAGCUCUUGUUUCUUCUUUUCGCACGUUCAUGCUCUGCUUACAGUCUGGUUGCAAUCCACCAGCGCAAAAUCGGGAUUCUUGUUGGAUUUCCCGCCGCUCUGCAGGCGGUUGUGAACGCGUUGUGUUCCUAGGCUGUGAUGUACGUCGGAACUUAAAUGUAAGUUGGCACAUAAGUCAGCCACACUGACACAUGAAGGACGUAAAAUACGUUAGAAUAAGAAUAUUAAUAAAUAAAAUUCUAAUAAUAUAAAAAGAAGACUUUUUGUCCUACCUUCUUAAAAUAUUGUCCCAGGCUCCUCUUCUCCUCCCCGUGUAACAGCGCACAGACUCCAUGACCCCUGUAGCAUUCAUUGGCAUCUAAUAAUCUUCAUCCUAUCCUUAAUGAUGGUCCUGACACUUGAGCAGCUAAUAUUGGUUUCUUUCUAUGAUGUUCAUUGUCACUUCCAUGAUGACGGCUUUCCUUUUCUUUGGCGCGCUGCCGCUCGAGGGGGGGGGGGACAUAACGCAGUGCAAAAGUGAACUCGUUCUCCCGCGAGCCUUGCGUUUACGGACCAAAAUUCAGUUUUUAAUGAAUUCCCGGAAGGGUUGUAACACGAAACGUCGUAAGCAGAAGACCACCCGUACGAGAAGACCUUUCUCAUGAGUAAUUCAUCAUUCAUUCACAAGCAUGCCUUAUAAAGCCCCCACUGCACCGCCACAUGAAACGUGGGUCAGAUGAAUGUUUCAUUGCAUUUUCAAUCCACCAGUCCUUGAUGCCCCAAAAGUGAUCUUUUGGACACGUGUGUAGUUUGUUGUGUGCUUUGUGCGCUGCCCUCUUUGCUCGUCCUGCUUUCAAAGUGCUUUUGGAACUCACUUUGGGGGGGGGGGUUAAAGUAAAAUAAUGUACUCGACUGAAUGAACACGCAAGGUUUAGAUUGUGUCUUUUAACUCUCGAUCAUUUGUUCGGUGCCGGGCCUCGGUGCUCCGCGGACUGGGUCACAGUGGUUGUCUUUUUUUUCUGUCCCCUUUGUGCACGUCAAAAGGAAAAGUGUUGAUGGGAAUCUUUUUUUGAGAAGGUUGUAAUAUCGCCAGUUAAUUUAGCAAGAGGUUUUGAACACCAAAGAAAGACAGAACCACGUGUGCCCCUUUCCUUGGCAACACGCUGGCCCGCUGGCCCGCUAGAGGUCUGUGUAGGCUUAUUUACUACUGAAUCCUCAAUUCUGUACAGAAGAUGAAUAUACGAUUGCAUGGAAUCAUGUUACUGUAAUAAUAACCUUUUACAGUUGAAAAAAAUGACUUUUUUUCCUUUCAGCACUUCUUUACCUUUUUUUUGUAGAUUAGAUUUGUUUGGUUUUUACCGUUUCUGGGGUUUUGUGCGUGACUGUAGUGGACGAGUACGACGUAGGAUUCAUUUCUGACGCUGGUUAACGGAUGGCUCGUGUUUUCUGGCGUGGGAAUGAUGAAGAAUUUGUGAAAUAACUGUCUGGUUUACACUGAGCAGCGAUGGAUCCUGGGGGAGUCACUUUUAUGAUGACAGUGAAAUGUUUGCUCUGGAUUCAGGCUCUCGAGACUUGCUGGCCCUUUUUAAGCAGGACUAUCAGCAUCUUGAAUGUUUGCCCUCACCAAAUGAAGUGGGCGCAUGUCAACACGGCACCAGUGUGGUCUCUAGAGCCUGAAUCCUACCUGGGAAAACAUGAAAGGAUUGCCUUGUGGACAAUGUGGGCACCAUUUUAUAAAUACAGACAUGGAAAUAAAGAUUAUUUAUCUUAUUUAUUCUGACUUUUUCUUCUGUUAUAGGCCUGUCAGUCAUUCAUUCCUUACAUUAAUUAACAUGUUUAGCCUAAUUAACGUAUUGAGUAUUGGGGCCACAUUCAAAAAAUUAAUAAUCUGAGGUUUUAAGAAUAAAGCUGUACAUUCACGAGAAUGAAGUCGUAAAUUUAUGAUGAAUCACUUUUUGACGCAGGGCCAUGCAGGAUUCAUAAUAAAUAAACAGAAAGACAAAGAAGAAGUGGACAUUCUUACCAGCAUUUGAGUGUGCUCAGAAAUCCCAGAAAAUCCACUCAAACUGUGAAUUCAACUUUUAAAAAAAUGACGUGGUGUCCUUGAACGCCGCCCCCCAUUGCUCAUAAUAACACGUGUGUUCAAAUGUUGUGCUACUUAAGUAAAUCGUUUUUUCCAGACGUGUGCUAUCUUUUAGCUUGAUUGACAUGUCUAGUUCAUUUAGAGCUGUUAUUACAUACAUACAUACAUACAUACAUACGUGCAUACAUGCAUACAUACAUACAUACAUACAUACGUGCAUACGUGCAUACAUACAUACAUACAUGCAUACAUACAUACAUGCAUACAUACGUACAU